AAAACAUGGCACCACCUACAGCUGAAAAAACUGAAACCUCAAAACCUACAACAGAACUAAGUUCCAAUGGAAACAGUAACUUAUCAAAAGUACCAGGUUGGAUGAAUGAAGAGAAUUUCCAAAGUGUUCUAGAGGAAAGUGUUCCAGAAUAUAGAAAAACAUUAAACUUUGAAGUCAAAGAAACUGGUGGUGGUGGAGAGAAUUAUGCAUCGGUAAUGAUGAGAGUUAAAACUAAAGUGGAACUUCAAGAUGGAUCCACAAAAGACGUUGCAUUUAUGAUCAAAACAGUUCCAGAAGGCGAACAAGGAGCUGCAAUGGUAACGAUGUUGGGAUUGUUUCCAAAAGAAACUUUAAUGUAUGGCAAAUAUUUGCGUGAAUUCGAAGAAACUUAUCGAUCUGUCGGUAAAGAAGUCACAUUUGGUCCGAAAUUUUACAAACUAAAAAAUGAUCCUGGUGUUGAGUAUGUUCUUUUGGAAGAUAUCUCCCCAAAAGGAUUUAAAAACGUUAAAAGACAAGAUGGUCUCGAUACGGACCAUACCAAAUCAGUUUUGAAAAUUUUAGCCCAACUACAUGCAGUUUCUGCUGUUCGAUUUAAACAAAAAGGUGAUUACGAAAAUUCCCUCAUGGUGAGUCCUUUCGGAGAGGAAUCUCGGGAGAGUCUUGAAGCAAUGAUGAAACCUUUGUUAAAGAUAUUACUGAAAUGCUUUAGCAAGCACAAAACAGGAAUCAAGUAUUUGGCAAAACUCAAACCAAUAUUUGAUAAAACGACAGAGAAAUACAUUGAAGUUGGGAAACUCAAUUUAGACGAUUUCAAUGUUAUCGUUCAUGGAGACUUAUGGACAAAUAACAUCAUGUUUCGACACAAUGACGAAGGCAAGAGGGAAGAAACAAUUCUAAUUGAUUAUCAAAUGAGUCGAUUUGCAACUCCUGUAGUGGACUUAUUUUACUUCUUGCUUUCUUCACCGAGCUUGGACAUCAAAGUUGAAUGUUUUGAUGAAUUUAUACAAUAUUACCAUGACAAUUUGGUAGAAAAUUUGAAAUUACUCAACUAUCCAAAAAAAAUACCAACAUUAAAACAAUUGAGAAUGGAUUUGAUGAAAUAUAGUUUUUGGAGUAUUGCAACAGCAACUGGUAUUUUAGCUGCGGUUCUAUUAGACCCAAACGAAAAUGCCAGUAUGAAUAAUUUCUUUGAUGAAAACCAAGAAGGCAUUGAUUUUCAAACCCAGUUAUAUUCCAAUCCUAGAUAUGUCAAGCAUUUGGAUAUUGUAUUGCCAUGGAUGGAUAAAAUGGGAUUUUUAGAUGAUUAACAAGAACACAUUUUUUUUUUUCAAAAUUCCGUUUUAUGUACAAAUGUUUGUAUUUAUUUAAUGUUUAGAAUUUAAAGUAGAUCUGAAUAAUGUGUGUGAAAUUACCAGAUAGAUAAAUAAAAAAUUAUGUUAC